AUGGGGUGUGUGAUGACAAAGGGAGCAGAACUGGGAAGAGUGGGGAGAAAUGGAGAAGAGGAGGAAUCUGAGAUAACGGGAAUGCAUGGGCGCCGCCGGCCUUGGCGGCCGCGGCGCUCGGGCGCCACCCAGUGGUGCCGCUGCGUGCGGCCGCGUCUGAGGGUGCCUGCGGGAGGCGGAGGACUGGGUGGCAAUCCCUCAGGGACAGUGACCCGUGUGGCUGCCGGGCGUCUCCGAGAGCCUGCGGUAUGUGGGGAGAUACUCGGGGACGUGGUGGGCUCCGCGCCCCUCCUGCCCCAGAAGUUCGCACGCCACGUGUGGCGCAGUACACGGUGUGGCUCCUGUCCCCUGCUGUCCCCGGGGGGCCUGUCCCCUCACGGCCCCUCUGAAACCAGGCAGCGACGCUGCUUCUCACGCUCCGUUGCCAGGCUGUUGUGUAACCUGGCUCUUCUGACAGCUCUAUUCUGCAGGCUGUGCCUGCCCCUGCCUAGCACGGACCGCCUUGCUUUUGCGGCAGUUGUGUGCUUCGGCACGGGUACCCCUUGUGCGUGCCUCCCCCCUGCUGCCGUGUGUGAGCCCGGCUGCCCCGCCCCGAGCUCCGGUGGCAGCACCCCUCGGCAGGAGGUGGCUUUGGGGUUGGACAAACCUCAGCCCUCGGCAGGAGGUGGCUUUGGGGUUGGACAAACCUCAGCCCUCAGCAGGAGGUGGCUUCGGGGUUGGACAAACCCCAAUCCUCGGCAGGAGGUGGCUCUUGCCGCUUUGGGCCCUACACAAAUGAGUAGACAGUACCCGGAGAUGAAAGGGAUUUCCUAUUCUGCACAUUUACAAAUUCCGUUUGCACCCUCAUUUGGGAUAAUGCUGCAGCACUCCAAGGACAACUUCUCUUUGUGAAGAAAUCAGGCAGUGCUGUGGAAUUACAUCGGAUGUAGCCUUGCUUAUUUUUUCCUAUUGCUGUCAACACAACAUAUGCAGUCUUUUGGGCUGCCAACUCUCAUCUCUUACAUCAAGGAAACUGAAUCAUCUCUACCUUGGCCUAAAAGAAAUAACAGAGCUUGUAUAAAUAUAUUUUGAUAAUGUCCUUGAGAUUCCUGAAGACACAAAAAAGCAGGAACAGUACGUACAUUUUUUUUUUCUUUUGCUGUUUGAAAAGCUGUGCUAUCAGUGGCCAUUUGUACUUAGCUGAAAUUGCAGCACUGGAUUCUAUCAACACAAUAAAUAAAUA